GAUUAUAUCUUAUGGUGUUAUUCUGAUGUUUGAAAAAAAAAAAAGAUCAGUACAUUAAGAUUGUAGAAAUCUUGAUCAUGGUUUUUAAUGGCUUAUAGCAUGUCUAAUGAAUUUUUAUACUGUUUGGAUGAACAGGCUUGGCUGUCAUAACUGUGAUGCUGGUCACCACUUGCUUAAUGUCUCUAGUUAUUGUUUUAUGCUGGCACAAGAGUAUUUUCCUAGCCAUUUGCUUCAUAUUCUUCUUUGGGUCCAUCGAAGCACUGUACUUCUCUGCAUCCCUGAUCAAGUUCCUUGAAGGAGCAUGGGUGCCCAUUGCCCUCUCGCUCACAUUUCUUAUCGUGAUGUAUGUGUGGCACUUUGGCACACUUAAAAAGUACGAGUUUGAUGUUCAGAAUAAGGUGUCCAUCAACUGGCUCCUUGGUUUAGGCCCCACUCUAGGAAUUGUGCGUGUAAGAGGAAUUGGCCUAAUACACACUGAACUUGUGUCUGGGAUCCCAGCCAUUUUCUCUCACUUUGUCACCAAUCUCCCAGCUUUUCAUCAAGUAGUGAUCUUCCUCUGCGUCAAAUCUGUCCCAGUGCCACAUGUGAGACCUGAAGAAAGGUUCUUGGUUGGUAGAGUUGGCCCAAAAGAAUACAGGCUUUAUAGGUGCAUAGCUCGGUAUGGUUAUAGGGACUUUCACAAGGAUGACAUUGAGUUUGAGAAAGAUCUUAUUUGUAGCAUAGCAGAAUUCAUUCGGUCAGAUAGUUCUGAGUCCAACCAAGGAUUUGAGAGUUUUGAAGAUGACACAAAAAUGGCAGUUGUAGGAACCUCAGCAUCAAAUUCAGAAGGUAUAAGGAUGUGUGAAGAUGAUAACAAAAAUUCUCAGAUGAAAGAUUGCAUAGAAAUGAGGGUGGUUAAGUCUCCUGAAAUAGUUAGGAAGAGAGUGAGGUUUGUUGUGCCAGACAGUCCAGAGAUUGAUUUGGGUGCAAGGGAGGAGUUGCAGGAACUAAUGCAAGCAAGGGAAGGAGGAAUGGCAUUCAUAAUGGGCCACUCUUAUGUGAAAGCAAAGAGAGGUUCAAGUUGGAUAAAGAAAGUUGUGAUCAAUUAUGGGUAUGAUUUCUUAAGAAGAAAUUCUAGAGGACCAACUUAUGCUCUAAGUAUCCCUCAUGCUUCUAUCCUAGAAGUUGGCAUGGUCUACCAUGUCUGAGUUUUGGCUACAAGUUAUGCAGUUUAGAUAAAUCAUACACAGCAUAAAUUGGUUGCAUUUUUUAUAGUGCCCCUCCAUGCUACCAAUCUUUUCAUUUCUCCUCCUGAUACAUGAAUAAAUAAUAUGUUAGGAGGGAAUUUUCGCCCAUUGUCCAAGUAAAUGAACGUCAAGUGACCAAUGGAUAUUUUUGUGGGAGGUAUUUUAAUUUUUUUCAAUAGAAAACUUUGUAACAGAAAGAUUAGUUUGGUUGUGGAUUGUGUAUCUAGCAGGCCUAGAACUUUGUAAAAUGUGCUGUUGUGUUAGUUCUUCAAUGUAUAUGUUUUA